GAAAACAAAGAAAUACUAUUAUGAAAUUUCAAUAAUUUUUCAAACUCUGUCCAAAAAAAACAAUUCACCGUUGUCAUUUCAUGACCAUAGUCUAAUCUAAUCAAAUAAUUAUUAAAGCUCGAACGCGUUUCACUCGCUCAUGCUUUUCUCUCCAUCUCUGCAAUUCUUCCCCUCAUUCUGAAGAAAUCUCCAUUGAAAAACUUUGUUAUAGAAUCGGUUGAUGCUUUUUUUGAAUUAAGGAACUUUACGCAAUUUUUAUUAGCUCAUAUCAUUUUCUUCAAUAAGCUUUGGCAGCGAGUAAAGUGAUUAGUUUGGAUGGUUGGCUGCGGAGUAUUUAUGAAAAAACCUGAAGGUGGGGAGGAGGUUGGGGCAUUUUAUCCGAUCCGAACAGAAUGUCAAGAAGAAGCUCCCAAGACCCGUUUCAAGCCUAGAGCUGGGAAAACUCUAAGUGCUAGAAGGUGGCAUGCUGCAUUCUCCGAAGAUGGUCAUUUGGAUAUUGCAAAAGUGCUUAGACGGAUUCAAAGAGGGGGUGUUCAUCCUGCAAUUAAAGGGUUAGUCUGGGAGUUCUUGUUAGGGUGCUAUGAUCCUAAUAGCACAUUUGAAGAACGAAAUCAGCUUAGACAGAAGAGGAGGGAGCAGUACAGCUCAUGGAAAACCGAAUGUCAAAAUAUGGUUCCAGUUAUUGGUAGUGGAAAGUUUAUUACAACGCCCAUCAUUACUGAUGAUGGCCAACCAAUAAUUGAUCCUUCGACAAACAAUGAUCAAGGAGGGCAUGUAAAUAAUGCUGUUUCAGACAAGAAAGUGAUUCAAUGGAUGCUUUUCUUACAUCAAAUUGGUCUGGAUGUUGUUCGCACAGACCGAACACUUAUCUUUUAUGAGAGUGAGACUAACCAGGCAAAACUUUGGGACAUUCUUGCGGUUUAUGCAUGGUUGGAUAAUGAUAUCGGUUACGUCCAAGGAAUGAAUGAUAUUUGUUCUCCAAUGGUGAUUCUUCUCGAAAAUGAAGCAGAUGCCUUUUGGUGUUUUCAUCGUGCGAUGCGGAGACUGAGAGAAAACUUCAGGUGCAGUGCAACUUCAAUCGGGGUGCAAACUCAGCUAACUACACUCUCACAAGUAAUUAAAACUGUCGAUCCAAAGCUUCAUCAGCACCUUGAGGAGCUUGAUGGUGGCGAAUAUUUGUUUGCAUUUCGCAUGUUGAUGGUACUUUUUCGAAGAGAGUUCACCUUUGUGGAUGCAUUGUACCUUUGGGAGUUGAUGUGGGCCAUGGAGUACAAUCCAAAUAUCUUCUCCUUAUAUGAGGAGCCUAGUACUGAUGCUACAGAUAAUACCAACGCACCUGAGUUAGAUGAGAAGCUGCUAAAGCAAUGUGGCAAAUUUGAGAGGAAAAAUGUGGAGACUGCAGGUGCAGAACAACAUAGUGCACUUGCUGUUUUUCUCGUUGCAAGCGUUCUUGAGACGAAAAACAAGAAAAUUUUGAAGGAAGCUAAGGGCCUAGAUGAUGUUGUCCAGAUAUUGGGCGAUACUACCGGAAACUUGGAUGCUAAAAAGGUUUGUGAUGAGGCACUGAAGAUUCAUAAAAAGUACCUGAGCAAGGCCAAAAAGCCGACCGAACAACAAUAAUAAACCGAAAAAUUUUCCAAUGUUUGCAAUGCAUACAAAUUGGCCGUCUUAGGUUCCAAAUGAUAUUUUUAUACUCCUUGUUGUAGUACCACCUCUUCCUUUGUCUCUCAUUUUUCCUCUUCUAAUUAUUUAUUCAUUUAUUUUUCAAAUUCUUUCGUUGUAAAAAAUUUGAAGCUGAUACAAUGUGUGUAAGAUUUCUGAUAUGACAUGGUUGUGCAUAUAUUUGGCAUA